CGCGGGGUCUCUAAUCUGCCAUUUUCUGUCCCUGAGUGAGUCUCUGGCGUUCCAAAUUGCCUGUUUUUCUCGCAGGCUCUAUUCCGUUCGCUGGUUCGCCACCUCAGGGGAACGAUGGCCACGGAGUCCACAACCACUGCCGCCGUCGCCGCGGAGCUGGUUUCUGCCGACAAAAUUGAAGAUGUUCCUGCUCCUUCUACAUCUACAGAUAAAGUGGAGAGCAACCAUUAAUCUGCUUUCUGUCACUGAAGAUGGGUUGCAUUUUGUAGAAUAUUAUCUAAAUAGAAUCAUACAUCUGGAUGUGGAUAGUGAAGCUAAGAAACUACUGGGUUUAGGACAGAAACAUCUGGUGAUGGGGGAUAUUCCAGCAGCUGUCAAUGCAUUCCAGGAAGCAGCUAGUCUUUUAGGUAAGAAGUAUGGAGAGACAGCUAAUGAGUGUGGAGAAGCCUUCUUUUUCUAUGGGAAAUCACUUCUGGAGUUGGCAAGAAUGGAGAAUGGUGUGUUGGGAAACGCCUUGGAAGGUGUGCAUGUGGAAGAGGAAGAAGGAGAAAAAACAGAAGAUGAAUCUCUGGUAGAAAAUAAUGAUAACAUAGAUGAGGAAGCAAGGGAAGAGUUGAGAGAACAGGUUUAUGACGCCAUGGGAGAAAAAGAAGAAGCCAAAAAAACAGAAGACAAGUCUUUGGCAAAGCCUGAAACUGAUAAAGAACAGGACAGUGAAAUGGAGAAGGGUGGAAGAGAAGAUAUGGAUAUAAGUGAAUCUGCAGAGGAGCCGCAGGAAAAAGUUGACUUGACUCUAGAUUGGUUAACUGAAACCUCUGAAGAGGCAAAAGGAGGAGCAGCACCAGAAGGACCGAAUGAAGCUGAGGUCACUUCUGGGAAGCCAGAACAGGAAGUACCAGAUGCUGAGGAAGAAAAAUCAGUUUCUGGAACUGAUGUCCAAGAAGAGUGCAGAGAAAAAGGAGGUCAGGAGAAGCAGGGAGAGGUAAUUGUGAGCAUAGAGGAGAAGCCAAAAGAAGUUUCAGAAGAGCAGCCUGUGGUGACUCUAGAAAGGCAGGGCACUGCAGUGGAGGUAGAAGCAGAGUCUUUAGACCCGACAGUCAAGCCAGUGGAUGUGGGUGGGAAUGAGCCAGAGGAAAAGGUAGUUACCUCUGAAAACAAGGCAGGAAAGGCGGUUCUUGAACAACUGGUAGGUCGAGAAAUGCCACCUGCUGAAGAGUCACCAGAGGUGACAACAGAGGCUGCAGAGGCCUCAGCUGUAGAGGCUGGAUCAGAAGUCUCUGAAAAGCCUGGGCAGGAGGCUCCAGUUCUCCCUAAGGAUGGUGCAGUCAAUGGACCGUCAGUUGUAGGAGAUCAGACUCCUAUUGAACCACAGACUUCUAUAGAAGGACUGACAGAAACAAAAGAUGGCUCAGGACUAGAGGAGAAGGUCAGGGCAAAGCUGGUUCCUAGUCAGGAGGAGACUAAGCUGUCUGUAGAAGAGUCUGAGGCAGCUGGAGAUGGGGUUGAUACCAAGGUAGCCCAGGGAGCUACUGAGAAAACACCUGAAGACAAAGUUCAGAUAGCUGCUAAUGAAGAGACACAAGAGAGAGAAGAACAGAUGAAAGAGGGUGAAGAAACUGAAGGCUCAGAAGAGGAUGAUAAAGAAAAUGAUAAGACUGAAGAAAUGCCAAACGAUUCAGUCCUUGAAAACAAGUCUCUUCAAGAAAAUGAGGAGGAGGAGAUUGGGAACCUAGAGCUUGCCUGGGAUAUGCUGGAUUUAGCAAAGAUCAUUUUUAAAAGGCAAGAAACAAAAGAAGCACAGCUUUAUGCUGCCCAGGCACAUCUUAAACUCGGAGAAGUUAGUGUUGAAUCUGAAAACUAUGUGCAAGCUGUGGAGGAGUUCCAGUCCUGCCUUAACCUGCAGGAACAGUACCUGGAAGCCCACGACCGUCUCCUUGCAGAGACCCACUACCAGCUGGGCUUGGCUUAUGGGUACAACUCUCAGUAUGAUGAGGCAGUGGCACAGUUCAGCAAAUCUAUUGAAGUCAUUGAGAAGAGAAUGGGUGUACUAAACGAGCAGGUGAAGGAGGCUGAAGGAUCGUCUGCUGAAUACAAGAAAGAAAUCGAGGAACUAAAGGAACUGCUACCUGAAAUUAGAGAGAAGAUAGAAGAUGCAAAGGAGUCUCAGCGUAGUGGGAAUGUAGCUGAACUGGCUCUGAAAGCUACUCUGGUGGAGAGCUCUACUUCAGGUUUCACUCCUGGUGGAGGAGGCUCUUCAGUCUCCAUGAUUGCCAGUAGAAAGCCAACAGACGGUGCUUCCUCAUCAAAUUGUGUGACUGAUAUUUCUCACCUCGUCAGAAAGAAGAGGAAACCAGAGGAAGAGAGUCCCCGGAAAGACGAUGCAAAGAAAGCCAAACAAGAGCCGGAGGUGAACGGAGGCAGUGGGGAUGCUGUCCCCAGUGGAAAUGAAGUUUCGGAAAACAUGGAGGAGGAGGCUGAGAAUCGGGCUGAAAGCCGGGCGGCAGUGGAGGGGACAGUGGAGGCUGCAGCUACAGUUGAAAGCACUGCAUGUUAAGAGGGGGCACAGCCCUCCUCCCAAGGGAAAGUGUUUUUGUAUAUAAUGUAUUUUUUCACUUUUGGAGGAUUCUUUUUGUAUAACUUCAAUAAAGAUUGUAAGCAAA